AUGGCUGGUCGAUACGAUAGUAACCCUUUUGCUGAGGAAGAUGAAGUCAAUCCCUUCUCUAAUCCUGGAAGUGUUGCUCCUGCCAAAAACUCAAGACUUUCACCUCUUCCUCCUGAGCGUGCUGGUUUCAAUUAUGGCCUUGGUGACACCGUUGAUAUACCUAUCGAUGGAAAUGCAGAUCUGAAAAAGAGGGAGAGGGAGCUCCAAGCUAAAGAAGCUGAAUUGAGAAAGCGGGAGGAGAUGGUAAAACGGAAAGAAGAUGCUGCAGCACGUGCUGGAAUUGUUCUUGAGGAAAAAAAUUGGCCAGCUUUCUUCCCAAUUAUCCAUCAUGAUAUUGCAAAUGAAAUACCGAUUCACUUACAAAGGGUGCAGUAUGUUGCGUUUACCACAUGGUUAGGAAUUGUUCUUUGCCUUUUCUGGAAUAUAAUAGCUGUUACUACAGCGUGGAUUAAGGGUGAAGGGGUAAAAAUCUGGUUCCUUGCUGUUAUCUACUUCAUAGCAGGGGCUCCUGGAUCCUAUGUCUUGUGGUACCGGCCACUGUACCGAGUUUUCAGGUCCGAGAGUGCUUUGAAGUAUGGAUGGUUUUUCAUGUUUUAUUUGCUCCACAUUGGCUUCUGCAUCUUUGCUGCUGUUGCUCCUCCACUAAUUUUCAAAGGAAAAUCUCUCACUGGCAUUCUGGCUGCAGUUGAUGUUGUGGGAAACCAUGCUUUGGUUGGGAUCUUCUACUUCAUUGGAUUUGGAAUGUUCUGUCUUGAAUCAUUGCUUAGCAUCUGGGUUAUUCAGCAAGUGUACAUGUACUUCCGGGGAAGCGGUAAAGCAGCCGAAAUGAGGCGUGAAGGAGCAAGAGGAGUUGUGAGGGCAGCGCUUUGA